AUGGGAGCUGGAAUUCUUCAAUCUGGGCCUCUUUCAGAUUUAGAAUGUAUGUUAAAAGAAAUGAAAUUAGAGUUAGCAGGAGGUCUGAAAGUGGGCAUUGCAAGAGCAAAGAGUAUUGAGAUGAAUAGUGAGAUAUGGAGUAGCCUUCCAGAAGAAUUAUUGAUGCUAAUUGUAGCUAAUCUGUCCACUCUGAUUAGUGGGAGAUUCAGUGCAGUUUGUAAACAUUGGAAACAUCUUCUUUCGCCGGGAAAGACCUUUAUCUCAGCAGUUGUCCCUAUUUGUUCCUCUCCUGCUUUUCUUUUUGGCUGCUUCAGGCCCUCAUGCUUGACCAAAUAUCUACUUGAAGAUUGGUAUCUAUUUCAAUCAGAACCCACUUGCCCUAUGUACAAAUUUUCAUUGGAGUUUUUGGAACAGGGUAGUGUCAAUGUAGUGACGGUAUGCAAGAGCCUCCUUUGUUGUUCUAAGGAUAGAACAUCUACUUCAUUUUGCAUUUGUAACCCUGUUACCAGAACAUGGAUAGUCGUCCCCCCUGCUACCCAACUUAAGAGAUGGGAUUUCAUUGGAUUGGCUUUUGAUACGUCCACAAGGAUGUGGACUUUGGUCAUAGGAAUGAAUCAAGGCACCAACAAUAUUGUGAUGGAGAUCUACGAUUCAGAAACUAAUGGAUGGGCCAAAUUGGAGAUAAAUAAUCCAUCCAUAUCAAUUUUUCCCAGUGGAGAAGGGCUUUACUCUAGAGGAAAGUUCUAUUGGAUUAAUAAGAGCAGUGUGAAUGGGAUCAGGUGGAGGUUUAGGUUUGAUGUUGUGGCGUUCAAUGUUGCAGAGAGAAGUUGGGAUAUCAUUAGGCAGCCAGAGAGACAAGAGGGACCAGAGAUCAACUAUUUUGCUGAUUGGGAAUUAAGUGGGUGUGAUGGAAAUGUUGUUUUGGUGUACAACAAGGAGCUCUCAUUAUGGAGGUUGAUUGAAGAUGAAGAUGAGGGGAAAAUAAAAUACAGAUGGUCAGAAUUUCAGCCAAUUCCAAGGAGCCUAUGUGAAGAAGCAUUGCAUGGUCGAAACAUUAAUAAUGAUUUAAAUGGCCUGAGAAUUUCUAGAAGAGUAGUUAAGAGGAGCAAUUAUCGACAGGUAGUGGUUAACAGUUGUGGGUGGCUUUCAGUAUAUCUGCCGGGAAAUAAGUUGGUUUUUUUGGAUGCAGAGGGAAGAAUGGUGCACAGCAUUGAUGGUAGAUCGCUGACAGUAUUUGAACAGUCGUAUUUGAUACCAUUGCAUGGUUAUGAGCUCAACAAUAUUUGGUGGCCUUCUUAA